GCUGGAAGAAUGAGAGGCAGGGCCGUGGAGAGCUCCCAGCAUCAGCAGCCCCUUUCCCUCUCCUGGCUUUCCAAUUCACUUUAAUCAGACUGGAAUUCUUAAGCGACCUUCUUCCAUUCACACUCCUGGAAUUUCUAAGCAUCCUUUGCUCCAAGGUACCAUAGUUCUGAAAUUUUAGCAAUGAGGAGGAAAAGCAACUUGAUUGAUUGUCUCUGGGUCUGGACACUUAUAUUGAAUUCAUUAACUCAAAUAAGUUAUGGACAAAGCACCCAAGAUGAAAUUAGAGACAAUACCACAGUGUUCACAAGGAUUCUGGACCGUCUUCUAGAUGGCUAUGAUAACCGCUUAAGACCAGGACUUGGAGAACGAGUAACAGAAGUGAACACGGACAUCUUUGUCACAAGUUUUGGGCCAGUUUCUGAUCAUGAUAUGGAAUAUACAAUUGAUGUAUUCUUUCGACAAGGUUGGAGAGAUGAAAGGCUAAAAUUCAAGGGUCCUAUGACUGUUCUACGCUUGAAUAAUUUAAUGGCUAGUAAAAUCUGGACACCAGACACUUUUUUUCAUAAUGGAAAGAAAUCUGUGGCACACAAUAUGACAAUGCCCAACAAAUUAUUACGAAUUACAGAGGAUGGAACUCUUCUUUACACAAUGAGAUUGACUGUAAGAGCAGAAUGUCCUAUGCAUUUGGAAGAUUUCCCAAUGGAUGCCCAUGCAUGUCCCUUAAAGUUUGGAAGCUAUGCGUACACAAGAGCAGAGGUAGUCUAUUCAUGGACACGGGAACCAUCUCAAUCUGUUGUAGUUGCCGAAGAUGGCUCACGGUUAAAUCAAUAUGACCUGCUUGGUCAAACUGUUGCGUCUGGAAUUGUUCAGUCUAGUACAGGUGAAUAUGUUGUUAUGACAACUCACUUCCAUUUAAAAAGAAAGAUUGGCUACUUUGUCAUUCAAACUUACCUGCCAUGUAUUAUGACCGUUAUAUUAUCCCAAGUCUCCUUCUGGCUCAACCGAGAGUCUGUACCUGCCAGAACUGUAUUUGGGGUAACAACAGUACUUACGAUGACCACUUUGAGCAUCAGUGCCAGGAAUUCUCUCCCAAAAGUGGCAUAUGCCACAGCAAUGGAUUGGUUCAUUGCAGUAUGUUAUGCUUUUGUCUUUUCUGCAUUGAUUGAAUUUGCAACAGUGAAUUAUUUUACAAAAAGAGGUUAUGCGUGGGAUGGAAAAAGUGUUGUCCCAGAAAAGCCUAAAAAGUUAAAGGACCCACUUAUUAAGAAGAACAACACAUAUGCUUCAGCAACAGCUAAUUACCCACCCAUAGCUCGAGAUCCUGGUCUUGCAACCAUUGCCAAAAGUGCAACUAUAGAACCAAAAGAAAUUGAACCAAAACCAAAGCCAGCAGAACCCAAGAAAACAUUCAACAGUGUCAGCAAGAUUGACCGGCUAUCAAGAAUAGCAUUUCCUCUCCUUUUUGGAACCUUUAACUUGGUCUAUUGGGCAACGUAUCUAAAUCGGGAGCCUGCAAUUAAACCAUCAACUCCACCUCAAUAACUAACUAACUUAUCUGUUCAUGUUCUGUCUUUUGCACUGGGAAUAGCUUCCAGUAUUUAGAGAGGAAAAUUCCCAUUUGCCAUAUUGCCUAUGUCUUAAGGAAACUGACGGUUUAUAUAUAGUUGAAAAGAGGACAACAAUGUCUGAUACUAUGGUUAACAUUUAGUAUGAGCAAUGGAGCAAGCACUAGUAAUUUUGUUUUCUAAGGCUGAUAUAGCAAAUCAAUAGCAUGUUGGUUAAGUACAUAGGGAUAGAAACAUAUCCAGUUUACUAUAUUAACAGUUUAUAGUUUACAGGGUGUUAACUAUUGUGUUAAAUAUUUAGAUACGGACAGUUAAUUACUGUAAAUAGAGGAACUGCAUAUGUUAGUAAAAUGCUAUGAUCUCAGACAAUUUUAAGCUAAACAAGUGUUUUAGAUUCUGAUAACAUCUAGAAGAUCCUUGUACUUGAAAACUG